UAUAUUUUCCUAACAAACUAACUACAAUAUUUUUGAAACAGUAAGUAAAAACUCUUGAAGCCAUCAUGCUGUAUACCGAUAAUUUCUGUUGCUGCAUUGAUUUAAAAUGCGGUUGCAUUAUCAUAGCCAUAUUGGAAGUAAUCAUACGCGGUGUGGACAGAUUUCUUGUGGACACUGAAACUUUUGUAGGCUAUAUUACUUUAAUUAUAAUUGGCGUCUAUAUUGUUAGCUGUAUUAUUUUGCUUGUUGGCGCAAUUUUAAGAGUGCGCUUAAUGCUGUUGCCCUACUUGAUUGUCAUUGUUGCGCAUAUAAUACUUUUAAUUGCUGUAUGCAUCUAUGUGGCGCUUUAUGAUGAAGUCUACGAUUAUAUAAUCUUUGAUGGAAUUCAAGCAAUUGUGAGCAUGUACUUCUUUUUAGUUGUACGUUCCUUUUAUGUUACGUUAGGCGACUGAGAAGUAGCGAAUUUAACAAAUGUUAUUUAGGCGUAUACGUUAUUUUUUAUUAAAUGCAAUACGCAUAUUUUGUUAAUUUAUUUCAUAAGCUUUAACUUAAGUUUCUCUGUGUGCAACAACAACAAAAACAAUA